AUGGAAACAUCAAGACAUAAUCGUGCUUUUUUAGCUUAUAAUAAUCAUAAUUUUAAAAAUCAUCCAUCAAUAAAACAAACACCAAUACCAACGACUGGAGAAUCAUCAGUAUUUGAUCAUAUUUCGUAUUCAUCGAUAAAAACAAAUACGGAAAAAGUUUCAUCACAACCACCAUCUCCUAAUCCAAAAAAUAUUAUCAAACCAAUAGCAGUGCCAGCAAAACGACCAUCAUCAAUAACUAGUAUUGUUCAUUUAUUGCCACGUCGAAAAAGUUUACAAAUAACAGCAUUAGCUUCACAACGACAAAGUCUUUGGAUGAAUAUAGCUAAGAAUGCUCAAACAGAUAAUACACAUGUACAACAAUAUCCAUUACGACAACAACAAACAAAUUUAAUGCGAAAAAAACUUUUACGUUUAGUACUUGUUUUUAGUUAUUUAUUGUCAAUAUCAUUGUUUGCAAUUGCUUUAGCAACAUUUUACGGUGUUUUUUGGACCGGUUAUAGUACAACACAAACAACAACAACAACACAUAUGUCAACUGUUCUAUUAAAAUCAAAUUCAUCAUUUAUUGAUAUUGGUUCAUCACUUAAAGAUGUAAGUUUAAAUAAAUAA